AUGAUAUCAUCAACGACCACGACGAUUUACGCGCUUCUGUUGUCCUCGAUAUCUGUUGGUGCGGCUGGAGCUCAUAACAGAUUCGGAGUAGGAGCACACAGAAGACAUCACGCUAGAGCUGCUGCCGCCACUACCACUUCUGUGGAACGAUCGACGUCUGUCGAGCAGAUAACAAGAGAGAAAAGAGAAGAUGAAUGCACAUUGGGUGCUUGGAAAUGUGUUGGAUCGGUGUUACAGCGGUGUUAUAAUGAUCAAUGGAAUUUCGUCACGAAUUGUACUGGAACUGAUAUCAUCUGCUCUGACGGGCUAUACACCACCGGAUGCGUAUGGACAUGGUCAGUCGAGCAGAACGACGACGCCAACGAAUCAGCAACUUCUUCACCACCUUUCACUUCUUCCAUUACGGUCACUCCUACCUCUUCCGCUUCGGACUCAUUAUCAACCUCGGCAGACGUACCUUCGGUUUCGAUAACCAACGUGAACCUUGCUGUCGAACCUACUGCUACUGCUACACCUGAAACCGACGAGGAAUGCGAUGAGGAUGAUGAGGAUCAAGACGAAGAUGACGAUGAUGAGUAUUGCGAUGAUGAUGAUGAUGGAGCUUGGGAGGAAUACAUGUCUUCCGCUACUUCCGUGCCUUCUACUACUGCUACUUCAGCUACAUCUCUAUCGACUGCUGCUGCCUCAUCACCAACGUCUGCUAUCGGAGGUGAAUUGAUCGCUGGUGGUGAUGAAGAUGACGAUACCGAAGGUGAUGAAGAAGAAUGCGAUGAGGACGACGAAGAAUCCGUUGAAACCGAUUCCGCUUCUCCUGCCACCACUGCUUCCGCCACAGCUACUUCCAUCAUAGGCGGACAGCUCUGGGCUGGUGAAGGAAACUCGGCUCCUACCUCGACCCACGAUUGGUAUUCAUGGGACUCUGCUUCAACAACCAGCCAAGAUUGGGAUACAUGGGAUCAAGCUACCGCUGCACCUACUUCGACUAAUCAAGACUGGAACAACUGGGACCAAGCCACUUCUACCGCGUCUUCCAGUCGGGGUCACGGAAAAGGAAAAGGUCAUAAAUCAUCCUCCGCCGAUUGGGCCGCCUCAACUUCAUCAUCAUGGGAUCAAUCAGCAGAUGUUGGUGGGUCUAGUGACAAGUGGUCAACCGCUACUACAACCAAUUCAUGGGAUGACUGGUCCGGACAAGCUACAGCUUCUUCUGCUGCAUGGGGCCAAUCCGGGAAAGUAUCAGCUACGGCUAGUGCAUCAGCUUCCGUCUCGUCAAAAUCAGGAACAAGCAGUAAUCACACUUCCAGCUCGCCUUCUGGAUCGUACAGCUCUGCACCCCAUUAUGUCAUCUACGCUGACAACUGGUUGACAGAGAUGCCCUCUGUGGAUGUUUUGUCCAACUUCAAUCGAUUUAUCCUCGCAUUCUGGAUGACCGAUAGUGGAGCCGUGGACAACGCUCAGUUCUGGGAGCAACUCGACUCAGAUACUAGACAACAAGUUCUCACAGAAUAUCACAAUGCAGGAAUCGCUUUGAUGGUUUCUGCCUUUGGAUCGACUGACUCGCCCACUUCCAAUGGUGCGGAUCCCGCUCAGACUGCUCAGAAGUUGGCCAAAUGGGUUAAGGAUUAUGGAUUGGACGGUGUUGAUAUCGAUUAUGAGGACAUGUCCGCCAUGAACUCUGCUAAAGCUGUCGCAUGGUUGGUCACUUUCCAAAAAGAAUUAAGAAGUUUACUUCCUUCACCAUAUAUCAUCACCCACGCACCUGUCGCACCAUGGUUCACAUCUGCCAAUGAUUACUCAGAUAAAGCCUAUGUGGCAAUUCACGAACAGACCGGUGAUGGAAUUGAUUUCUACAAUAUUCAGUUCUACAAUCAAGGUUCAGGGGUAUACGAGGACUGUGAUUCGCUCCUUUUCAAUUCAGGAAACGAUUGGCCCUCUACCUCGGUAUUCGAGAUUAAUUCAUCUGCUGGAUUACCCCUCGAUAAGAUCGUCAUUGGUAAACCUCUUGAUGAAGGUGCCGCGGCGAACGGUUUCAUCGACGCAUCUUUAUUAAGCAAGUGUGUUUCCCAAGCUCAGGCGAAAGGUUGGAAUGCAGGUGUCAUGUUUUGGGAAUGGACUACUUCUGCACCUUCGAUCAUGGGUACAGUGAGAGGAACCAACUGA